AUGGCUAUCACGUUUUCCUCCCACCCCGCCAUUGCCUAUCCCACUCACCCACUGUUGCCAUCUCCCUCCCACCCCGCCGUCACCUCUCUCCCCCACCCCGCCAUCGCCUCUCCCUCCGCUGUCGCCUCUCCCUCCCGCCGUCGCCUCUCCUCCGCCGUCGCCUCUCCCUCCGCCGUCGACUCUUCCUCCGCCGUCGCCUCUCCCUCCGCCGUCGCCUCUCCCUCCGCCGUCGCCUCUCCCUCCGCCGUCGCCUCUCCCUCCGCCGUCGCCUCUCCCUCCCCCGUCGCCUCGCCCUCCCCAUCGUCGCCUCCCUCCCUCCCCGUCGUCGCCUUCCCUUCCCUUCCCGCCGUCGCCUCUGGCGACAGGCGCACGAGUGGAGCGCGGGUUGGUGCGCGACCGUGGCGCGUAAGAGUGCGCGUGAGAGUGCUCGUGAGAGAGCGCGUGAGAGAGCGCGUGAGAGUGCGCAUAAGGAAGCGCGUGAGAGUGCGCGUGCGAGUGCGCGUGAGAGAGCGCGUGAGGGAGCGCGUGAGAGAGCGCGUGAGGGAGCGCGUGAGAGCGCGUGAGAGAGCGAGUGAGAGUGCGUAUGGGAGUGCGUGUGGGAGUGCGCGUGAGAGUGCGCGAGAGAGAGACCGCGUGAGAGAAGAUCACAUGAGGGAGCGAGUGGGAGUGCGCGUGAAAGAGUGUGUGAGAGAGCGCGUGAGAGUGCGCAUGAGAAUGCGCGUGAGUGAGCACGUGAGAGUGCAAGUGAGAGUGCGCGUGAAAGUGCGCGUGAGAGAGCGAGUGAGAGUGCGCAUGGGAGUGCGUGUAAGGGUGUGCGUGAGAGUGCGCGUGAGAGGGCGAGUGGGAGAGCGCAUGAGAGAGCGCGUGAGAGUGUGCGUGAGAUUGCGCGUGAGAGAGCGCGUGAGGGAGCGCGUGAGGGAGCGCGUGAAGGAGCGCGUGAGAGAGCGAGUGAGAGAGCGAGUGAGAGGUGCGCCGUUGGCGCGGCCGCCGUGA